UCCAACUGAAAAGGAACAUAAAGAGAGAGAUAAAAUAGAUAUUUUAUCAAAGCCAGACAGAACAAAGAUCUUGUUAGUUAGUUACGUACUGUACUCAGCCUUAUCCAGUUUUUCUCAAAAGAGUUUUCAACAAUGAACACAUUCCCUGCUUCCACUGAAAUGCUUGGCUCCGAGAACGAGUCUCCGGUUACUACGGUAGUAGGAGUUGAUUAUUGUCCCAGGUUGGCGGCAAGCUGUCCGAAGAAGCCAGCAGGUAGGAAGAAGUUUCAGGAGACACGUCACCCCAUUUACCGAGGAGUUCGUCUGAGAAAGUCAGGUAAGUGGGUGUGUGAAGUGAGGGAACCAAACAAGAAAUCUAGGAUUUGGCUUGGAACUUUCAAAACAGCUGAAAUGGCAGCUCGUGCUCACGACGUCGCUGCCCUAGCCCUCCGUGGAAGAGGCGCAUGCCUCAAUUAUGCGGACUCGGUUUGGCGGCUCCGCAUCCCGGAGACAACCUGCCACAAGGAUAUCCAGAAGGCUGCUGCUGAAGCCGCACUGGCUUUUGAGGCUGAGAAGAGUGAUGCGACGAUCGAAAAUGGCCUAAACAUGGAGGGGGCGACGGCGGUGGCUUCUCAGGCUGAGGUGAAUGACACAACGACGGAUCAUGGCGUGGACAUGGAGGAGACAAUGGUGGAGGCUGUUUUUACUGAGGAACAAAGAGAAGGGUUUAACAUGUCGAAGGAGUCGACGGUGGAGGCUGCUGUUAAUACGGAGGAACAGAGCAAAGGAUUUUACAUGGACGAGGAGUGGGCGUUCGAGAUGCCGACCUUGUUGGCUGAUAUGGCGGCAGGGAUGCUUUUGCCGCCGCCGUCCGUACAAUGGGGACAUAAUGAUGAGUUCGAAGAGGUUGACAUGAACCUCUGGAGUUAUUAAUACUCGUAUUUUUUUUAAUUAUUUAUUGUGCGAUAAUAUUUUAUAGAACUUGGGAUUCUACCUUUAUUUUUUAUGGGGAUCUUUUUUAGUGUGGGGAACGAGUGUAAAUGUUUCGCCAUGGUGUUGUCAAAAUGCUGAUUAUUUUUUGCGUGCAGCAUAAUCACCUCAGGUUUCCUUGU